ACAAACUGUAGAUACAUUAUAGAAAACUAUAUAGGUUAUGAAUAUUAUUUGAUUUAAAUCAGUUUGUCUCCUUGCGUCACUAAAACAAAACGCGAAAUGGUUAACACAAAUUACGUACUCUUUAUAUUAUCUUUAAUAUGUAUGAUAAUUCAAGUUUCCCUGUUUCUAAAGUGUAUUCUUGAGUUUGAUAAGUUAAUAUUAAAAGAAAAUGUUAAAACUUUGGACGUGGCCAAGCUAAAGUUUGACGCUUAUUUGAAAGAUUUUAAUAAGACCUAUUAUGGUUUCGAACGUGAUGGAAGGUUCGAGAAUUUUAAGAACUCGCUAAAAAACAUAGCCAGAUCAAAUGCACUAGAGGGCAGAACAGUGUUUGGUUUGACAAAGUUCUCAGAUAUGUCGCCACAAGAAUUCAUGGAUACCGUCCUGGAUAAUUAUAUGGAUUUCUCUAUGUGCACUAAACUAUCACUUGACUGUGUUGAUAAUUAUGAAACUUCAGAUCAGGAAACUGUUUAUGAUGAAGAACCUCCCACCUCAUUUGAUUGGCGACCAAAAGGGGUGGUAAAACCCGUUUUGAACCAAAAGAAAUGCCUGGGAUGCUGGGCUUUUGGCAUCGUUGGGGUUGUGGAGUCCAUGUCAGCGAUACGAGGUCUUGAUCACAAGAGUCGGAGCAUCCAGGAAGUACUGGACUGCUCCGAAUAUACCAACGGUUGUCGAGGAGGCAGCGUCAGUAGGGCACUCAGAUAUCUCUGUCAGGAAAAAGUUCCAAUUGUGACGGAGCAGGAAUACCCCUUGACUUUGGGCUUGGAGAAAGAUUGCAAGUUGGCCCCGCAUUCUACUGGCAGACUCAUUCGUCAUUUUGAUUAUCAAUGCAAAGUCAGCGAAACGGCCAUGAUGGGUCAGAUAGCAUUCCACGGACCGCUAAUCGCCACGGUAGACGCUACGAACUGGAUGCAUUACAUCGGUGGAGUCAUUCAAAGAGCUUGCACGCGCGGCAUAGCAAACCACGUGGUACAAAUAGUAGGUUACGAGAAAAAUGCGGAGAUACCAUACUUUAUCGUCAGGAACUCUUUAGGGGAAGACUUUGGUGAAAACGGAUAUGUGAAGGUCGCCAUGUUUGAUAAUAUCUGUGGGAUUGCUGAGCGGGUCACCAAGCUUGAUGUCAUGUAGGGAGUAUGGGGUAUAGUUAUCGGCACGAAUCUUGAGCUCUGACCUUCACCUGCGCAGAAGUAAUUUAUUGGGUCCCUUUUGUGGUAUGAAGUGAGGCGCGGGGGCGGGCUAAAGCGGUGACUGGCCCGCAUUGCAUCGCGUCAUAGCCGUCACUCGGGAUUGGUUCUUUGCUAAUAAGUCACUUCUGCGCAGAUGUAGGUCAGAGCUCAAGAUUCGUGCCGAUAACUUUACAAAGUGCCAGAGGUAGGUUGGACCAUGACAAUUAAAUGGAAGAUAUAAAAAAUAUUGGCACAACACAAGAAAAACACAAAUGAGGAAAAAGUACAUACGGACUUUUAUGUUGUCGGUGAAAAUUAGUAUGAUGAUACAUAAAGAUAAACACAUUAUUUUUAAGUAACAGAAAUUGUUAGUCU